ACCCACCCGUAGACGAAAUGUUUGUUGUUAAAAAGUGGCAUCUCUAAGUUAUGUGAUAGGGCUGUGUAUGAUUUGUGGAAAAAGUUAAGUUUUACAAUCUGUAUAAAAUGAAAUUAGAGGCCAAUAACUUAUAAAAAUUGUAAAACGUGUAACUGCAUACAAUCAGUAAAUUCAAUAUGUACUAUUUUUGUGAGACAAGCGAUAAACAUUUCAGGUCAUUUUGCGACAAGAACUCUGUUGGCAACAAGAUCAUUAACACCUUAAAAAAUUGUGGGGUUCAAUAAAAACGUUCAAAAAUCAAUGUUGUUUUGCAGCAAUCGAGAUUAAUAUUGGAAUAAUUACAUUUGUCUACAGAACAAAUUGCAUGCACUGAGGCACAGUUGUUUAAGGUAAAGUUGAUGUAAUUAGUAUAUUAUUACGGGCCAGACAAUUAUACGCAAUGAUUAUACAGGAGCCUGUUCAGGCCGCCAUUUGGCAUUGCUUGAAUUUUUAUGACUUCAAAGAUGCUGUUUUCUUGUCCGAACGCCUGUGUUGUGAAGUGGAAACGGAUGAAACUAUUUUCCUGCUCGCCACAAGUUACUAUAGAUCAAACCUAAUACAUCAAGCUUAUUGGCUGCUUAAAGAAAAAUCGCGUCGUUCGCCAUAUUGCAGAUUUUUGCAAGCAAAAUGUGCUUAUCAUUUAAAAAAAUAUGUAGAAUCUGAGUGUGUAUUGGUAAAUGGUGGGUUCAGCGAUAUAAAAAAUCUGGAUGACAUUGCGAAAGAAUUUGAAGGAAUAGCAUGCUUCGUUCUGCAGUUAAUUGCCAAAAUUUGUGUGAAAACAGAAAGGAGUAAAAUAGCAGCAGAAGCCCUUCGCCGAGCCAUCAAACUAAACCCUUUUAUGUGGCACACCUUUGCAGAUCUUUGUCAUAUGGGUGAAUAUGUUGAUCCUGCAUCAACAUUUCAUAUCACCAAUACUGAUGUCUUUAACACAUGUCAAGGCAGUGCAAAAUCAAACACGCUUGUUUUUUGCGGAAAUACUGGGCAAAAUAUAUCAUUAAAUGAUAGCUGCAGCCAAUAUUUAAAUAGCUUUGGCAGCAAUAUCCCGAAUUCGGAUAUCUUAGUAAAUAGUAUGAAUAACAGUUCAAAUUACAUAUUAUCAACACCAGUCGAACAACAUUUGCAAUCGCAACCACAGCCAAACAUCAUAACACUUCAAAGUCUUAUUACCCCUAACAAUAACAACAACUUGAAUAAUUCCAUGUCCAUGUUACGAGGUGCCAACACCAUCGGUUUGGUAAGCGGUAACAAUCUACAAAACUCUGGCUUAAUGAUGCUUGAAGAUACACCAGUUAGUUAUACUACUGGCAAUAAUAUUGAACAAACUGGCUUGAAUACAGCGCAAAAUUUUGAUACCGGAGCCGGUACGCCCUUUCACAGACAAUUCAAAUAUCUCUCAGCCAUUUCUCCUGCAACGCCGAGCUUUGGUAUAUUACCUAUACACAGUCCUUCCGGUGGUGAAUCAUCCUUUGUUGGUACUGGUCAUACACAAGCUAACAUAAGUGUCCUGAAUACACCUUCUCCACAAACUUUAAUGGAAGCUAAUCAGGAGCCAAAAAUAAUGGGGAAAAAGAUGAAGAGUAUUAUAAGCCGAAGGGAAAGUGGCCCUGCUGCAAACAAGCCAGCUGUUUUUACACAAACGGGAAAUGUUACUCCACGUAUGCCCAUUAAUCAAGGCGGGGUUUCAUCAGGCUCAUUGAUACCCAAUGCUGCUGUAAGGCGCAGCUCCCGAUUGUUUAGUAAUAGCGCAUACUCUGUUAAAGAAAAUAAUAAGUCUCCAAAUAUUACGAGCAAUAAGUUUGCACUGCCACGGUCUCCGCCCCGAAAAACAAAAACACGCAUGCCAAAAAUUGGUUUGAACAAUGAACUCAUCGAAGAUAAGAGUAUUAACAUAAAUGCAGACAAGUUGAACGAGAAAAAUGCACGCAAGGAGAAGGAGAAGGUCGAGACAAUAACGUCUGCGACUGGUCAUAAUCGUUCUAUAGAAGACCCCAAAGUGUUAUUAAAUAACAGUUUAAAUAACGCACAAACUAUGGCACAUCAUGUACUGGCACUAAAGAAACAGUCAGCCGAUGGAUUAAUGGCAUUGCUACGAGAAUUGGGUGAAGGCUUAAAAUUGCUAACACUUUACCAAUGUAAAGCAGCCAUUAAACAUCUAGAAACUAAAAUACCAAAGCACCAUCUGUGCUCUAGCUGGAUUCAGUCACUUAUUGGAUUAGCUUAUUAUGAACUGCGAGAAUAUGAAUCUGCUGUUUCUGUAUUCAAAGAUAUACACGAAACGGAACCGCAUCGUUUACAAUACAUGGAAAUAUAUUCCUCGUCGCUUUGGCACUUGCAAAAGGAGGUGGACUUAUCAGCUCUAGCACAAGAUUUAAUAAACCAGGAUAAGACUUCUCCCGUUACUUGGUGUGUCGCCGGAAAUUGCUUCUCUUUGCACAAGGAGCACGAGACGGCUAUUAAGUUCUUCAAACGUGCCGUUCAGGUGGACCCUGAUUUCGUUUACAGCUACACUCUGCUUGGUCAUGAGCUCGUUCUUACGGAAGAGUUGGAUAAGGCAGCAGAUUAUUUCCACGCCGCAGUAGCGCGAGACCCGCGACACUAUAAUGCGUGGUUUGGCAUGGGCACCAUAUAUUCGAAGCAAGAAAAGUACGAAUUAGCUGAAUUGUAUUACAUCAGGGCGUUAAAGAUCAAUCCUCAAAAUUCGGUUAUAUUGGUACAUAUUGGAGCAAUGCAAUAUUUUAUGCAGAAAAAGGAACAAGCACUACAGACAUUGAACACCGCCGCAAUGUUGGAUCCCAAAAAUCCGUUGGCGCGUUUUCACCGUGGUUCUAUUUAUUUUUCACUGGGAAAGCAUCAAGAAGCUCUGCGGGAACUAGAAGAACUAAAAGAAGUGGUGCCAAAGGAGUCAGUAGUAUUUUAUUUAAUUGGAAAGAUCCAUAAAACUCUGGGUAAUGUUGAUUCAGCACUUAUGCACUUCAGCUGGGCAACCGACCUCGAUCCAAAGGGUGCUAACAACCAGCUAAGAGAUGCAUUUGACUCAGCAGUGGUCCCAAUGUUUAGUCCCGCUAGAAAUGAGCAGAGCGUGGACGCAGAUCAAGAACCGAUAUCGGAGCAUUCGGACGACUCAACGCAAGCACAGCAAGACAUUAAUUAUGAUAGUGAUGCUUACUAAAUUACAAGCUGCGGGAAUGUUUUUCCACGUGUAUGUAUUAGUUCGAAAGUAAUAUAUUCAAAGCAAAGGUGAAACCAAAUAAUUCGUUAAUGCUGCGGAGUGUGUACUUGGCAUUAUUAGUGAGUUCACUUCUUCGGUUACUAAUCGACAGCAAACAAAUCCAAAAGAUAGACGGAAAUAAAAUAAAAAAUUUAAUUCUGAAUGGCAUCCCUACUGAAAAAUGAUAUGAAACAACAAUUAAAUUUCAACUUGCACUUGAGCACCCAGCAAGAUACGUUGAAAUUAAUUAUUUAUAUAUACAGUCAGCUUCAAAAAUAUGAAUACCCUGACGUUUUGACGAUUUUAAUUAUAUA